CACUUUGAGUUCAUACUUGUGCUUCAGUUGUCGGUUGAUAUCGUAACAGUUAGGACCAUUGGAAAAUAUGUUAUUAAAUUUGGCGAUAUCAUAACGAAAGUGUGACAAGUCUGAAAGGAACAAUAUUUUACUCACUUUUAAGGAAAAUAUAACAGAAGCAACAAGAAAAUAAAAUGGCAUUAAGUAUUGCACUACCAUUAUCCGGAAUAGAAGCCGAACAUUUUUACGCAUUAGGAGUGAGAAUACUAUAUGAGCAAGGUUUAAGAACUUUAAAUGGGAUUGGACCUUUAUCUCCAAGUAUCGGAAGUGAAUCCAGCGGCAUUAGUAGUCUCACCCCUUCCCUUGAAUCUGAUUUUGUAACAAAUAACCCUACUCCAAGUUCUACAGGGCCAUCAUCUCUUGCAAAUUCCACAGAAGAUUCGAGGCAUUGCGAUAGAUUAAACGACAUAGAAACAGUAAAUGUUCCAUGUAAAAUAAUCUAUUGUGGACGAGACAUAUUAAACUUAGGUGCAAAUAUUCGAGAACCAUCUUGGCAAAUAAGGAUCCCUUUUACUUGCACCCAUAAUAAUGUCACGGACAAUAGCUCAAAAUAUAAUCUUCUAAGUGAAAAAGCACUGACCGAAGAAUAUCCGAUGAAAAAAUGUUCAGAAUGCGGCUUCUCCGAAUUAUCACUUUCUUCCUGUUUUUGACACUAUUCCGAUUUAUGAUACGAUCGCCAGAGGAGUGUAACACUAAAUAAUAUCAAUAGUAUGACACAACGACAUCAAAGAACAACUAUCUUUCAAAAAAAAAAAAAAACGGAUCCAGAUAUCAGAUUUUGUUAUACGAUAGACGUUGACUUUUACUUUCUCAUAUAUCGUUUUAUAUUACAAAAUAAACUUUAUACAGAAUGUUAUUUGUCGACAUGCUCGUCAAUCGUAUAAAAACUGAAAAAUUAUUAUGGCGGAUCCCAAGGCGGCGACCGACUCCACAAAAGUUAAGUUAACCAUUAAAUUCAGUCAAUGGUUAACUCAACUAAUGAAAUAAUAUAUAAAUGAUUUUAUAGAAAUUGAUCAUAAAUUCAUAAAAUACGAUUAGAAAUUGAUUUCGAAUUUGUAAAUUACAAUUAGAAAUUGAUUUUAAAUUCGUAAAAUACGAUUAGAAAGAUUUACCCUAAAAAAUAAAACGAAAAUAUUAGCCGAAAACAAUGAAUAUAUUCGUAUGUAUAUUUCAAGUUAGAUUUUUCAUAUCGUUUCCACAGAAAUAAUAGUACUUUCAUAUGAAAUAAAAUUAAAUAUUUCAUAUGAAAUAGAAUUAUAUAUAAGUGAACACUUUAUACAUUGCUAUUAGCUUAUAAAUUUAUACGGAGUCGGAAAUGGGCCGCGAAAAAUUAAUCAUAAGAUAGUAAUAUAUGAUUAACACCCGACAGUAAAAUAUGUCGAACAACGAAUAUGAUAUUUCAUUAAUUUUUGAUAUUAUAACAUUUUCAUGACAAUAGCCUAAAUUCACGUACAACAAUUGCAGUCAUUGUUUUCAAUACAAAACCGUCUUUUAAUAUUUUUUACUUGUUUCGAAAUUAACAAUUCUUCGGAAAAUAUGGAUUUAUUAGCCGGGUGUUCGAAUAUUUAAAUAAAAUAUUCCUAUCUUAUCUAAAAGAAUUUAUUAAUUAAGAUGAUUUUAAUAUAUAUGUAUAUAUAUAUUUGUCGAAUUCUACAAUAUUGCCUUUGACAUAAUUUACUAUGGAGAUUCUGCAUUCUUGCAGCUGCUUUGUAAAUUAUUAGAAGUAAAAUACUUUAAGUAAUCAAAUUCUACAAGAUAGAUCAAAAAUUUUUGUAUGGAUCAAAUGUUCCCAAGUGAUUUUAAACAUCAAUUACUUUUUUUCAAGAUUUAAGCAGAGUUUGUUUACUUUUUAGUUUUACUAGUCUUUUGACUUUAUUUGUAACUUUUACAAACAAAGAGAAAUUAGACUAAAGUUUUGGAAAAAGAGUAAUUGAUAUCAUCUAAGAACUUUGAAACGAUUCAUAAAAUUUUGAUCGAUCUUGUAGUAUCAAUACGCUUAUUGUUAUAAUCUACUGAUCUAGUCAUACCAAUUCAAAGGAUCUAGUCAAAAGGUCUAGUCAAUUAUACGAGUAAACUUUAAUUAAUUAUAAAAUAAUAAUUAUAGAGUAAUUAAAGAGAGAAUCGAGACUGAAUUUGUUUAUUAGAUUAUUAGAUUAUAACGUAGAUUUAUAAGGUUAAUAAAAACUGAAUCCCAUGAAAGUUAUAAAAAUAGUGGGAUAAGUUUAACUAAAUAUUCUAGUCUUGAUAUUAGAAUAAUUAAAGUUUAGAACUAGAUAUAUAGUAUUUACAGCAACGAUCAAAGAUAAACGCAAAUUUAUGCGUCAGCUGUUUGUCACCAGCUAUGGUAUAAAAAUCAAGAAAAUCUAGUUCUAGCUUUUAAAAAAAAUUAUAGUUUAAAACUAGACCAAGAAAAAGUACAAUCAAGACCAAACUAUAUGUAGAUUUAUAACGUUGAAAACUAUUUGUUAGGAGCAACAUAAAUACCAAACAUCUUUCUAGUCUUGAACUAUGAUUAGUUAUAUAUUAUACUAUUAAGAGGAUGAAUAAGACAGAGUGAAUGAAAGAGAGUGAAUGAAAGAGAAUGAAUGAAAGAGAAUGAAUGAAAAAGAGUGAAUGAGAAAAAGAGAGAGAGAAAGAGAGAGAAUGAAAAACUAGCUAAGAAAUAAAGUAGGAUUAAUCGCGUUUAGGAAUAAGAUGUUUUGUAAGUUUUACAGAAUGGACCAAAAAUUCGUAGUUAUUGAAAGUUCUUAAGUAAUGUCAAGAAUCAAUUACUUUUCUUGAAGACUUCGUCGGCUAAUUUUUUCCAAUUAUAAAAUUCCUUUAAAAUUGCUUAUCAUCAUUAGCCUAAAAUGUCUUGAAAAAGAGUAAUUGAUUUUAAAAAUUACUUAGGAACUUUUAAGCCAUCAAAGAACUUUUGAUUCAUCUUGUAAAAUAAAUAAUGUUGUAUCAAAAUAAAUAUAUUGUAUAUAAUGGUAGGGUUAAUAGUAGGAUAAAUUAAAAUGGCAAUAGGCAUAUUGAUGAAUUCGAUACUCUGUAAGAAAAAAAAAAAUCCGCAUUUAAACGUAGACUUGCAACGUGGACUUACAACGUAGGACUUAAGUAGUAAAGAUCAAAAGAAAUUAAAUAGAAGAUCUAAAUAAUUCUAAUAUAUUAAAUCAUUCUGAUAUAUAUUAAUUAUCAAAGAGGUAACAUAAGUGUCGAUACACUUAUUAGUAAAUGUGAUACUACGUAAUGCUAUAUGGUGAUGCGUCUUAUAGGAAAUUCAAGUAAAAAGUUCAUUAAAAAACAAUUUCUUUCCGCUAAAAAUUUAAUCGAACGUAUAUUGAUUCAUUUAUAAGUUCUUUUUUUAUAUUUUCAAUUCUUUCCUUCAAUUUGUCUUUUUUUUUUCUCUCUAAUCACGCGGUAUAAACUUUCUACUUCACUAUUCUUUUUUAUUAUUGUAUUAUUACAAUAAUUGUAAUAUUUUCAAUUCUGAUAUUCAUAUGAUAUACAGAUUGUUGUUUAUGCGAAAUUCGAUCAGACAGAAAUGAUUUCUAUUUUUUUUUUUUCUUUGGCUACAAUACGAUAAUAAUUUUUAUGAAGUUAAUCGCGGAUAGAAAGUCAAUAUGAAAUGAAACUGAAACUAGAUUAAUUCUGAUUAGAAAGACCCACUUUUCUUUAUGCUAAAUUUAUACCGACGUGAAGAAUGUCACGAACACUAAACACGAGACAUUUUACAAGCACAUCCGUAUAUGUAUUGUAUUUUCUAUAAUACGUAGUAUAUAUUAAUGACAAUGCG